AUCUUGGCCGUGCAACGACACCGUCAAUCCUUGGUUGACAAACAUUUGCUACGGGCCAAUGCUAAACGCAUUUCCUAUGACUACGCGGUCGAUGACCUGGUCUACAAGCGUGCGUAUCUCGGUCUCAGUGAUAAGUUGAAGCCUACGGCUUCUGGUCCCUAUCGUGUUUCCCGCGUUCAUACCAACGGCAACAUAACGAUUCAACUCAGUGCUCAUCAGUUUGAGCGCCUGAACAUUCGGCGCGAGUUUCCAAAGCAUCCAGUACCUCCGGUUGCCACCGGUACGGGUUAUUGA